AUGGGCAAGAAACAACAUCAGAAAGAUAAAUUGUGAGUUACAAAUUUACUUUUUUAAAUUGUUUUAAGGUAUUUAACAACGAAGGAAUGGAAAGACUCGUUUGGAGGACACAAAAGUUCGAUUGGAACUCAGAUUCAGAAGGCUCAAUUUAAAAAGCUACCUUUUACUCAUUGUGCAUUGACCUUUUUGCCAUACAAAGAGCCAGUUUGCACUACAUCUGGGGUUAUUUUUGAUAAAAAGCCGAUAACGGAUUAUAUAAAGAAGCAUAAGAUAAAUCCUGUAGAUGGAAAGAAAUUGGAGGCAAAAGAUUUGAUUGAUCUUCACAUGAGCAAGGAUAAUGAAGGUAAGCAGUGAGAACGAUUUAGAAAUUGUUUUAUUUUUAGGUAAUUUUCAAUGUCCAGUCACAUUCCGCACCUUUACCGAAUCAUCAUUGAUUGUUACCAUACGAACCACGGGUAAUGUAUACGCCAUGGAAGCCGUUGAAGAGUUAAAUUUAAAAAGAGCACAUCUAAAAGACUUGUUAAAUGAUGUCCCGUUUCAAAGAAAGGAUAUCAUAACUCUACAAGAUCCCAAUGAUUUGGAGAAGUUUAACAUCGAACGGUUUUAUCACGUUCAAUUUGAUACUCGAACUUUGGAAGACAUUGCUGAAGAAAAGAAGCAGAUGCAAUCGGCUUCAUUUUACCUUAAUAAAGUGAGUUGUCUUUGCAUUGAUUUUUAAGGUGUUUUUUUCAUCGUAAAUGCUGUUUUUAACCUUAGUGUGUCUAAAUAUAUUUUAAAACUAAAGUACGUAUUUUUAGCUCAAUUCAGAAGCAAAGACUGCUUUACAAAAGCUUAAUACGAAGUAUGAAGCGAAAGAGCAAGAAAAGAAGAAGGAAAUAGAAGCCGAUACCGUAAAUGCUGCACAUUAUUCACAAGGUCGAAUGGCAGCAGGCUUAACUAGUACCGUAAUGGAGCCAAUUACUGUAAAUAAGGCUGCGGUGUUAGACGAGAGUACAGUUAAGUAAGUUAUUUUUUUACGUUGAGAUUUUUCAGAUACUUUUUUUUGAAUUACUGAUGUUGUUCUUAAGGCAUUAUCUUAUUACAGGUAUGCCAGAGUAACAAAGAACGGCUACGUUCGAGUUAUCACAAACCAUGGACCAUUGAAUUUGGAAUUGUUUUGCAAAAUUGCACCAAAAGCUUGUGAAAACUUUAUAAAACAUUGUGCAGAUGGUUACUACGACAAUUCACGUUUCCACAGAUCAAUCAAACACUUUAUGAUACAAGGCGGAGAUCCAACCGGCACUGGGAAAGGCGGAGAAUCAAUUUGGGACAAACCAUUUGAAGACGAAGUCCAUCAUUCACUUCAUCACGACGCUAGAGGAGUCCUGAGCAUGGCGAAUCGCGGUACUGACACUAAUCAGUCUCAAUUGUGAGUUUUAUUUUUGAAACACCGAAAAAAAUAAUGAAAAAGUUCAAAACUCUGAAAAAAGGUUCAAAAACGUAAAAUAGUUUAAAAAAACAUUUUUAGCUUCAUUACUUACCGACCAUGUCGUCAUUUAGAUGGUAAACACACGAUUUUUGGAAAAUUAGUUGGUGGUUUACCUACUUUGGCAUCUAUUGAAAGGGUUGAAACUGAUAAAAGUGAUGCACCGUUAGAACCAAUCGUUUUCAUCAAGGCCGAAGUGUUCGUAAAUCCAUUCGAAGAAGCGGAAGCACAAGUAAUCAAAGAAAGGGAAGAAGCCAUGGGUAUUCAACGAGAUAAAAGUAAGCUUUAAUAGGUAAAUUGGCGUUAGGGGAGUCACUAGUUCUCUUUCUUGAGUAGACGGCAUUUGUAAAUCACGGUUUAAAAAUACGACGAUUUUCAGAAACGGUGCCAGAAUUCAAGUCAACCGGUCACACCUCAGAAUUGCCAAAGCUAAAAGCACAUUCAGCUGGAGUCGGUAAAUACAUACGACCGGACGUAAAAACAGCACUGAAACGGAUUGGUGAUAUUGGGUUAGUAGGUUCUGAACCAAAGCAGAAGACUAAGAAAUCGUAUGACUUUAGCGACUGGUAA